UUGCGUUGAUUAUAUUCUACUAAUCAUAAAGAUAUUGGAACAUUAUAUUUAAUUUUUGGGAUCUGGUGUGGAUUGGUCGGUACAGGUUUAAGCUUGUUAAUUCGUUUGGAAUUAGGAACAUCUCUUGUACUGUUGGAUGAACAUUUUUAUAAUGUAAUUGUUACAGCACAUGCUUUUGUAAUGAUUUUUUUUAUAGUUAUACCAAUAAUAAUUGGAGGGUUUGGGAAUUGAAUAGUGCCUAUAUUAAUUGGUGCUCCUGAUAUAAGAUUUCCUCGAAUAAAUAAUAUAAGAUUUUGACUUUUACCACCUUCCUUUAUCUUAUUAUUAUGUAGGUCUAUAGUUGAGGGUGGAGUUGGAACUGGAUGAACUGUUUAUCCUCCUCUAUCAGGACCUGUAGCUCACUCUGGUUCCUCAGUAGAUCUUGCUAUUUUCUCAUUACACUUAGCUGGGUUAUCAUCUAUUCUAGGUGCUAUUAAUUUUAUUACUACUAUUUUUAAUAUACGUUCUCCUGGUAUUACACUGGAACGAAUAAGCUUAUUUGUUUGAUCAGUGUUAAUUACUGCAUUUUUAUUAUUAUUGUCAUUGCCUGUUUUAGCAGGGGCUAUUACUAUACUAUUAACUGAUCGAAAUUUUAACACUAGGUUCUUUGAUCCAAGAGGAGGGGGAGACCCUAUUCUAUAUCAACAUCUAUUUUGAUUUUUUGGUCAUCCAGAAGUGUAUAUUUUAAUUUUGCCUGGAUUUGGAAUCAUCAGACAUAUCUUAUCUAACUUUACUAAUAAACCAGCAUUUGGUACCUUAGGAAUAAUUUAUGCUAUGUUAAGUAUUGGUGUCUUAGGUUUCAUUGUGUGGGCACACCAUAUGUUUACAGUAGGUAUAGAUGUAGACACUCGAGCUUAUUUUACAGCAGCAACUAUAGUAAUUGCUGUACCAACCGGAAUUAAGGUCUUUAGCUGAAUAAUAACGAUUUAUGGAAGUAAAUCUAAACUUACUGCUAGUAUAUACUGAGUGUUAGGAUUUAUCUUUUUAUUCACAUUAGGAGGGUUGACUGGAAUUGUACUUUCAAAUUCAUCUCUUGAUAUUAUAUUACAUGAUACCUAUUAUGUAGUAGCUCAUUUUCACUAUGUAUUAUCAAUAGGAGCCGUCUUCGCUUUAUUUGCUGGGUUUGUUUAUUGAUUUCCAGUAAUUACUGGAUUAACUAUACAUGAAUCUUGGUCUAAAAUUCAUUUUUUUAUUAUAUUCUUUGCAGUGAAUAUAACAUUUUUUCCACAACAUUUUUUAGGCUUGGCUGGAAUGCCACGACGGUAUGUUGAUUAUCCUGAUACAUAUUACAAGUGGAAUCAAAUCUCAUCAUUCGGAUCACUAUUCAGAAUUAUUGCAGUAUUAAUAUUCAUCUUUUUAGUAUGAGAGGCCCUAACGUCACAGCGGAGUUACUUAUUUUCUGAAAGCUCACAUAGUUCUCGAGAAUGAGAUUACGCACUUCCUCCAGAUUUUCAUAGUAAUCUAGAGACUAGUGUUUCUCCUUUAUAA